CCGCCCAAAAUGCCCUCAGAAAUCGGGGAAUUCCCUCAGAAAUUUGGGAAUUCCUUCAGGAAUUUGGGAAUUCUCAACAGAAAUCUGGGAAUUCCCUCAGGAAUUUGGGAAUUUCCUCAGAAAUUUGGGAAUUUCCUCAUUGCUACCAGCAGGGACUGAAUUCCACCGCCAUAUUUCCCUUUUCCCACCCAAAAUUCCCUCAGGAAUUUGGGAAUUCCCUCAGAAAUUUGGGAAUUCCUUCAGGAAUUUGGGAAUUCUCAACAGAAAUCUGGGAAUUCCCUCAGGAAUUUGGGAAUUCCCUCAGAAAUUUGGGAAUUCCCUCAGAAAUCUGGGAAUUCCCUCAGAAAUCUGGGAAUUUCCUCACUGCUACCAGCAGGGACUGAAUUCCGACACCAUCCUCCCCUUUUCCCCCCCAAAAUUCCCUCAGAAAUCUGGGAAUUCCCUCAGAAAUUCAGGAAUUUCCUCAUUGCUACCAGCAGGGACUGAAUUCCACCACCAUAUUUCCCUUUUCCCACCCAAAAUGCCCUCAGAAAUCUGGGAAUUCCUUCAGAAAUUUUGGAAUUCCCUCAGAAAUCUAGGAAUUCCCUCAGAAAUUUGGGAAUGCCCUCAGAAAUCUGGGAAUUUCCUCAGAAAUUUGGGAAUUCGCUCAUAAAUCCAGGAAUUCCCUCAGAAAUUUGGGAAUUUCCUCAUUGCUACCAGCAGGGACUGAAUUCCGACCCCAUCCGCCCCUUUUCCCGCCUGGAAUUCCCUCAGGAAUCCGGGAAUUCCCUCAGAAAUUUGGGAAUUCCUUCAGGAAUUUGGGAAUUCUCAACAGAAAUCUGGGAAUUCCCUCAGGAAUUUGGGAAUUUCCUCAGAAAUUUGGGAAUUUCCUCAUUGCUACCAGCAGGGACUGAAUUCCACCGCCAUAUUUCCCUUUUCCCACCCAAAAUGCCCUCAGAAAUCUGGGAAUUCCCUCAGGAAUCUGGGAAUUCCCUCAGAAAUUUGGGAAUUCGCUCAUAUAUCCAGGAAUUCCCUCAGAAAUUUGGAAAUUCCCUCAGAAAUCCGGGAAUUUGCUCAGAAAUUUGGAAAUUCCCUCAGAAAUCCAGGAAUUUGCUCAGAAAUUUGGGAUUUCCCCCUCAGAAUUCUGGAAAUUCCAUCAUCCCUCAGAAAUCUGGGAAUUUCCUCAUAAAACCAGGAUUUCCCUCAGAAAUUUGGGAUUUCCCCCUCCAGAAAUUUGGGAAUUCCCUCCGGAAUUUGGGAUUUCCCCCUCAGAAAUCUGUGUAUUCCCUCAGAAAUCUGGGAAUUUCCUCAGAAAUCUGGGUAUUCUCUCAGAAAUUUGGGAAUUCUCUCAGGAAUUUGGGAUUUCUGCCUCAGGAAUUCGGGAAUUCCUUCAGAAAUUUGGGAUUUCCCCCUCAAAAAUAUGGGAUUUCUGCCUCAGAAAUCUGGGAAUUCCCUCAGAAAUUUGGGAUUUCCGCCUCAGAAAUCUGGGAAUUCCUUCAGAAAUUCAGUAUUUCCCCCUCGGAAUUCCCUCAGGAAUUUGGGAAUUCCCUCAUCACUCAGGAAUUUGGGAUUUCCCCCUCAGAAUUCUGGGAAUUCCCCCUCAGAAUUCUGGGAAUUCCCCCUCAGAAAUUUGGGAAUUUCCUCAGAAAUUUGGGAUUUCUGCCUCAGAAAUUUGGGAAUUCCCUCAUAAAUCCAGGAAUUCCCUCAGAAAUUUGGGAAUUCCCUCACAAAUUUGUGAAUUCCCUCAUCCCUCAGAAAUUUGGGGAUUCCCUCAUAAAUCUGGGAAUUCCUUCAGAAAUUUGGGAAUUCCCCCUCAGAAUUCUGGGAAUUCCCUCAUCCCUCAGAAAUUUGGGGAUUCCCUCAUAAACCCAGGAAUUUCUUCAGAAAUUUGGGAAUUCCCUCCGGAAUUUGGGGUUUCCCCCUCAGAAAUCUGGGCAUUUCCUCAGAAAUUUGGGAUUUCCCUCAGAAAUUUGGGAAUUCCUUCAUAUAUCCAGGAAUUCCCUCAGAAAUUCAGUAUUUCCCCCUCAGAAUUCCAGGAAUUCCCUCAGGAAUUUGGAAAUUCCCUCAUCCGUCAGAAAUUUGGGAAUUCCCUCUGGAAUUUAGGAUUUCCCCCUCAGAAAUUUGGGAUUUCCCCCUCAGAAUUCUGGGAAUUCCCUCAUCCCUCAGAAAUUUGGGGAUUCCCUCAUAAACCCAGGAAUUCCUUCAGAAAUUUGGGAAUUCCCUCCGGAAUUUGGGGUUUCUGCCUGAGAAAUCUGGGAAUUUCCUCAGAAAUUUGGGAAUUCCUUCAGAAAUUUGGGAUUUCUGCCUCAGGAAUUUGGGAUUUCCCCCUCAGGAAUUUGGGAUUUCCGCCUGAGAAAUUUGGGAAUUCCCCCUCAGAAAUUUGGGAUUUCCUUCAGAAAUUUGGGAUUUCUGCCUCAGGAAUUCGGGAAUUCCUUCAGAAAUUUGGGAUUUCCCACUCAAAAAUUUGGGAUUUCUGCCUCAGAAAUCUGGGAAUUCCCUCAUAAAUCCAGGAAUCCCCUCAGAAAUUUGGGAAUUCUGCCUGAGAAAUUUGGGAAUUCCCCCUCAGAAAUUUGGGAUUUCUGCCUCAGGAAUUCGGGAAUUCCUUCAGAAAUUUGGGAUUUCCCCCUCAGAAAUUUGGAAUUUCUGCCUCAGAAAUCUGGGAAUUCCCUCAGAAAUUUGGGAUUUCCUCCUCAGAAUUUCGAGAAUUCCCUCAGGAGUUUGGGAUUUCCCCCUCAGAAAUUUGGGAAUUCCCUCAGGAAUUUGGGAGUUUGAAUUUUAAAAAUUCCCAUUUUCCCCGUUUUUCACCCCCGUGGCCUUGGGAAAAGUGGAAAUUUUCUCCUCGGCUUCCGCCGCCGCUUUGGGACCAAAGAUUUUCCCGAUUUUCCCAAAAAUCCCCCAAAAAUGGGGCUGGGCUGAACUUUUGGGGCCGUUUGGACCGGGAAAAAUAAAAAUAAAAAAAACCCCAAAAAACCCUAAAAAUGCAAAUUCCUCGCGUCCUGUAAGCAAAGAGUGGGAAAAUCCCCAAAAAUUUGGAUUUUGAAAACCACAAGAAUUUUUAGGGCCAAUUUUUGGAUUGAAAAUUCCCCAAAAUUUUGAAUUUUGCAAACCAAGAGAGGUUUUGGGACCGAUUUUGGGGACAAAAAUUUGAAUUUUCAAAACCAAACUUGAAUUUUUAGAGCCAUUUUGGGGACAAAAAUGCCCAAAAAUUUGGAUUUUGAAAACUACAAGAAUUUUUAGGGCCAAUGUUUGGGUUGAAAAUUCCCCAAAAUUUGAAUUUUGAAAACCAAGAGAGAUUUUAGGGGACAUUUUUUGAUUGAAAAUUCCCAAAAAUUUGAAUUUUGUAAAACCAAGAGAGUUUUUAGGGCCAAUUUUGGGGAAAAAAUUCCCAAAAAAUUUGAAUUUUGAAAACUACAAGAAUUUUUAGGGCCAAUUUUUGGAUUGAAAAUUCCCAAAAAUUUGAAUUUUGAAAACCAAGAGAGAUUUUAGGGUCGAUUUGGGGACAAAAAUGUGAAAUUUGAAAACCAAGAGAGGUUUUAGGGCCAAUUUUUGGAUUGAAAAUUCCCCAAAAUUUUGAAUUUUGCAAACCACGAGAGGUUUUAGGGUCGAUUUUGAGACAAAAAUUCCCCAAAAAUUUGAAUUUUGAAAACCAAGAGAGGUUUUGGGACCGAUUUUGGGGACAAAAAUGUGAAUUUUCAAAACCAAGAGAAUUUUAAGGGCCAAUUUUGGGAAAAAAAUUGCCAAAAAAUUUGAAUUUUCAAAACCAAAAUUGAAUUUUUAGGGCCAAUUUUGGGACAAAAAUUGCCAAAAAAUUUGAAUUUUGCAAACCACAAGAAUUUUUAGGGCCAAUUUUUGGAUUGAAAAUUCCCCAAAAUUUGAAUUUUGAAAACCAAGAGAGGUUUUAGGGCUGAUUUUGGGGACAAAAAUGUGAAUUUUCAAAACCAAGAGAAUUUUUAGGGCCAAUUUUGGGACAAAAAUUGCCAAAAAUUUGAGUUUUCAAAACCAAAAUUGAAUUUUUAGGGCCAAUUUUGGGACAAAAAUUGCCAAAAAAUUUGAAUUUUGCAAACCACAAGAAUUUUUAGGGCCAAUUUUUGGAUUGAAAAUUCCCCAAAAUUUUGAAUUUUGCAAACCAAGAGAGAUUUUAGGGUCGAUUUGGGGACAAAAAUUUGAAUUUUGAAAACCAAGAGAAUUUUUAGGGCCAAUUUUGGGACAAAAAUUGCCAAAAAUUUGAGUUUUCAAAACCAAAAUUGAAUUUUUAGAGCCAUUUUAGGGACAAAAAUGCCCAAAAAUUUGAAUUUUGAAAACUACAAGAAUUUUUAGGGCCAAUUUUUGGAUUGAAAAUUCCCAAAAAUUUGAAUUUUGCAAACCAAGAGAGAUUUUAGGGUCGAUUUGGGGACACAAAUUUGAAUUUUGAAAACCAAGAGAAUUUUUAGGGCCAAUUUUGGGACAAAAAUUGCCAAAAAUUUGAGUUUUCAAAACCAAAAUUGAAUUUUUAGAGCCAUUUUAGGGACAAAAAUGCCCAAAAAUUUGGAUUUUGAAAACUACAAGAAUUUUUAGGGCCAAUUUUUGGAUUGAAAAUUCCCAAAAAAUUUGAAUUUUGAAAAACCAAGAGAGAUUUUAGGGUCGAUUUGGGGACAAAAAUGUGAAAUUUGAAAACCAAGAGAGAUUUUAGGGCCAAUUUUGGGGAGAAAAUUUUGCAUUUUCAAUACCACGAGAGUUUUUAGGGCCGUUUUUUUUUGGGACAAAAAUUCCCAAAUUCCUUCCAAAUGUUGCAAUUUUUGGGCUGAAUGGAUUUUCCAGCAGCUGGAAAAACUGGGGGACAAUUCCCAAACUUCGAUCCCAAUCUUUGAACCCAAACUUUGUCCCCAAAAUUUGAUCCCAAACUUCGAUCCCAAUCUUUGCUCUCAAAAUUUGACCCCAAACCUUAGCCCCAGAAUUUGAUCCCCAUUUUUUCCCAAACUUCGUCCCCAAAAUUUGAUCCCAAACUUCGACCCCAAACUUUGCUCUCAAAAUUUGACCCCAAACCUUAACCCCAGAAUUUGAUCCCCAUUUUUUCCCAAUCUUUGACCCCAAACAUUGAUCCCAAAAUUUGAUCUCGAUUUUUUCCCAAUCUUUGAUCCCAAACUUUGACCCCAAACUUUGAUCCCAAACUUUGACCCCGAAUUUUGAUCCCAAUCUUUGACCCCAAAAUUUGAUCCCAAACUUUGCUAUCAAAAUUUGAUCCCAAAUUUUGACCCCAAACUUUGACCUCAAUCUUUGACCCCAAACCUUAACCCCAAACUUUGAUCCCAAAAUUUGACCCCAAACUUCGACCCCAAAUUUUAAUCCCAAACUUUAACCCCAAACUUUGACCACUAUUUUUUCCCAAACUUCGUCCCCAAAAUUUGAUCCCAAACUUCGAUCCCAAUCUUUGCUCUCAAAAUUUGACCCCAAACCUUAACCCCAGAAUUUGAUCCCCAUUUUUUCCCAAUCUUUGACCCCAAACUUCGAUCCCAAACUUUGAUCUCGAUUUUUGUUCCCAAACUUUGAUCACAAACUUUGACCCCAAACUUUGAUCCCAAUCUUUGACCCCAAACUUUGAUCCCAAUCAUUGACCCCAAACUUUGCUAUCAAAAUCUGAUCCCAAAUUUUGACCCCAAACUUUGACCCCAAUCUUUGACCCCAAACCUUAACCCCAAACUUUGAUCCCAAACUUUGACCCCAAACUUCGACCCCAAAUUUUAAUCCCAAACUUUGAUCCCAAACUUUACUCUCAAACUUCAACCCUAAAUUUCAAUCCCAAACUUUGACCCCAAACUUCAACCUCAAAUUUUGACCUCAAACUUCAACCCCAAACUUUCACCCCAAACUUCCAUCCCCAUUUUUUCCCAAACUUUGACCCCAAAAAUUGACCCCAAAUUUUAAUCCCAAAUUUUGACCCUGAAAUUCAAUCCCAAACUUUGACCCCAAACACUGACAACAAAUUUCGAUCCCAAACUUUGACCCCAAAACUUGACCCCAAACUUCAAUCCCUAAUUUUAAUCCCAAACUUUACUCUCAAACUCCAAUCCUAAAUUUCAAUCCAAAACUUUGACCCCAAAUUUCGACCCCAAACUUCAACCUCAAAUUUCGACCCCAAACUUUCACCCCAAACUUUCACCCCAAACUUCCAGCCCCAUUUUUUCCCAAACUUUGACACAAAAUUUUAAUCCCAAAUUUUGACCCUGAAAUUCAAUCCCAAACUUUAACCCCAAACUUCAACCCCUAAUUUUGACCCCAAACUUUGAUCCCAAAUUUUGACCACAAACUUCAAUCCCUAAUUUUGAUCCCAAACGUUAAUCCCAAACUUCGACCCUAAAUUUUGUCCCCAAACUUUCACCCCAAACUUCCAUCCCCAUUUUUUCCCAAACUUUGACCUCAAACUUUGACCCAAAAUUUUAAUCCCAAAUUUUGACCCCAAAAUUUGACCCCAAAUUUCAAUCCCAAACUUUCACCCCAAAAUUUGACCCCAAACUUCGACCCCAAAUUUUAAUCCCAAACUUUACUCUCAAACUUCAACCCUAAAUUUCAAUCCCAAACUUUGACCCCAAACUUCAACCCCAAAUUUUGACCCCAAACUUCGACCCCAAACUUUCACCCCAAAUUUCCAUCCCCAUUUUUUCCCAAACUUUGACCCCAAAAAUUGACCCCAAAUUUUAAUCCCAAAUUUUGACCCUGAAAUUUGAUCCCAAACUUUGACCCCAAACAUUGACCACAAAUUUCGAUCCCAAACUUUGACCCCAAACUUUCACCCCAAACUUCCAGCCCCAUUUUUUCCCAAACUUUGACCCAAAAUUUUAAUCCCAAAUUUUGACCCUGAAAUUUGAUCCCAAAUUUUGACCCCAAACUUCAACCCCUAAUUUUGACCCCAAACUUUGACCACAAAUUUCGAUCCCAAACUUUGACCCCAAAAUUUGACCCCAAAUUUUAAUCCCAAACUUUACUCUCAAACUUCAACCCUAAAUUUCAAUCCCAAACUUUGACCCCAAACUUUGACCCAAAAUUUUAAUCCCAAACUUUGACCCUGAAAUUCGAUCCCAAACUUUAACCCCAAACUUCAACCCCUAAUUUGGACCCCAAACUUUGAUCCCAAACUUUGACCCCAAACUUCAAUCCCAAAUUUCGAUCCCAAACUUCAACCCCAACCUUCGAUCCUGAUUUUUCCCCCAGUACAAAUUUCCCCAGCCCAAACCUCGCGGCUUUUUCCCAUU